AUGUCUUCAGUUUGGAAGACUCCCUGUGGAUCAGAUGCAAUGCCUGAGAUGGUGGUGAAAAUCAUUGGAAGUAAACAUUUUCGAUACCUUGUGGAGAAUCCAAAGAUCAAGGAGAAAGAAAAUAUGAACAAAACUCACACAGCGCUCCAGAAAUCAGUGACUGGCAAUGCAAAACAGAUGAGCAGAGAGCCCCCAGCUCCUGUUAACCCCCCUGCUCAGCAAACCAAAAGUAACCCAGAUGAUGUGGAAGACAGCAAGAACCAACCAAAACCCAUCUUAACAGGAACACAAAAUAGCAGAAUUCUGAAAAGCAAAGCAAAUGUCCACUGCAGCUCUGUACCAACUGGAGACCAGUCCCUAUCCUAUAUCCAUGGCCUCCCCAGGAGAAAUUUUAGAGACUGGUCCCUGGAACAGAUGGCGAGGGAAGGUUCUGAGCAACCUGAGGAUAUUGGCCAAAGACCAAGUAAAACUACAAGAGAAGACACUUUCCUUCUUUCAUUGGUCAGAAGAGAACUCAAAUCAUGCCCUCUGAGUUCAAGUUUAUUAGACAAGAUUCAGAAAGAGCUGAAGAUUCUGGAUCCUAUCUCUUCAGGAUAUCUUCUCCAAUCUCAGCUAAGCCGUCUCUUCUUGAGGCAUGAAGUCCCUCUGAAGUUACCAACAAUCAAGAUCCUUUGCCAUAGAUUUUCAGGGAGAAGCUCUCCAGAAAUGGUAAAUUAUGAAAAGCUACUUUGGUUUUUAAACAUUGCAGCUUCAAAUGACCCAGAACCAAGCAGAACGGUUGUGGACAGCAUACAGAGGAAACCCCAGAGUCCUACCAAUGAAAACCAAAGCACUUCACCUCAAGACUCUGAUUUGCACUCAAAAGUGAACAAGAGCCUGUUAGAGAUUUUGAAGAUGGCACUAAAGACAGUCAACUGCAAACUCAACAUAGACAAUCUCAACUUGAGUUUUCGAAAAGAAGACCGCUCAUUCUCAGGGUGCCUCCCUCUGCCCAAGGUGAGAGCUAUAUGUGGGAAGCAUGGGCUGUAUUUGACCUUGAGCCUUCUGGAAACAUUGCUUAACUAUCAAGAUCUGGGUUAUCAAAAUGAAAUAAAAUGGCAGAAUUUUGUUGCAUUGUUGAGCAGAGCAUCCUCUGAUGUGCCAUUUGAUUUGCCUACAGGAAAGAAUGAAAAUGAAGUAGCUGUCACUCCAGCGGAGCCUGAAAUUCCUGAAGUAUCUGAAAGCAAAAAUGUGCACAUUAAAACUUCAGAAGAGGAGCUGCAGCCAGAUAGUCCUUCUGCUAAGACUCCAUCCUCAAAAGAGCCUGUGAACCUUCUGAAGAUCAGACCAGUGUCCCAGCCUUUUGUGGAUCCCGUCAUGAAGACUGAGAAUGAAGAAUGUGAGACAUGGAUAGACAGAUUCAGGAAACUUGAAAAUGCACUCUACUUGUGUGAUCUGAAUAACACAGGAGUCCUGGAGAAGCAACGAGCCAGACGCCUCAUUCACAACUACAAUCUCAUUUACAACCUGUCUCUGAGCCCUCUGAAAAUUGACCAGGCCUUGCGAAGAUUUCGUUCUGGAGAAAAUAUGCUCUUGGAGCCAGCACUGCGGUACUUGAAGGAGCUAUGA